AUGCAUCUAUCCUCCCUCGCCAUCUUCGUGGCCGUCCUAGCCCCCAUGGCUGUCCUCGCGAGUCCUCAGUGGCACCCUCACGGCCCUCACGGCCCUCCCGGGAAGUGGCACCAGAGACCAACAGGUCCAGAGCCAAGCGCUACCGCCUCUAUCCCUGCCGGCAUCCUGCCCCCUGGCGGCUUUCUGCCUACGGGUGUAUCGGGCGCUGGCUCUACUGGGACUCCAAAGAAGUUGGAUGGGAAGAAGAAGAAGGUGGGUGUCUCGGGCGUAGCGGGCGCUGGCUCUACUGGGACCCCAAAGAAGGUGGCCCAGAAUUCGGCGGUAGUACCAGCCCCUCUUGCCAGUGCUUCGGUCGGCGUUACUUCUUACGAUAAAAAGUGA